AUGGCUCCACUAAGUUCCGUUCCAAUUUUGCUUUCGUCACGCGUUUUAUGGCGCUUGUCCGACUAUGUGAUCAAUCUGUUCUUCAGCAUCUCCACACCCACACAUGUUAUUACAUUGGUCACGAUGACUAUGAGCGCACGGAUGUACCGGGUGCCAUUUGGCAGCCCUGGACCUCUGUUUAUACUUCUCGUCCUCAUUGGCGUACUACAAAUUGUUCAUGGUGAAAAGUUUCUACUCUACCAUGUUCAACCGAAUGAUGCACGUGGAAUGCGUCUAUUACGGCAGUUACAAAUGCUCGAUCAUAAAUAUCAGGUCGACUUCUGGAAAGAACCGAAUCAUUUUGGUGAUUUUGCUGACAUAAUGAUCUCAUCAAAGAAUGCACUGGCCAUGGAACAUCGUUUUCGUCGAGCAAAUAUCACAUACGAUAUUCGAGUACCAGAUGUGGAGAAGCUAAUCAUGAGAAAUGAACGAACAAAUCGGACGUCAACUCAAGGUUCAAGGAGACUACACGAUGAUCCGAUUCUAGAUAGCGAGCCCGAUGGUGAUCAUUCUCGCGUUGGAAAACUUAAGAAGGCUAAAUAUUCUUUCGGAGAUUACGCCUCGUAUGCCGACAUGAUGAAAUAUAUGCGCACGAUUGAAUUCUACUAUCCAAACAUCACAAAAAUUGUUCGUUUGGGUACUACACAUGAAGGUAGACCAAUUGAAGGCAUGAAGAUCGGCUAUCCGAUAACCGCGACGGAUAAGAGAGCGAUCUGGGUAGACGGUAAUAUUCAUGCAAGAGAAUGGGCAAGUAGUCAUACGGCACUAUAUUUCAUCAAUCAGCUUGUCUCUGGUUACGGUAAGGACGACACGAUUACGCACUAUGUGAACAGCCUAAAUUUCUAUGUACUGCCAUGUUUGAAUCCGGAUGGCUACGAAUACACCAGAUCGUCACCGAAUCCAAGUGUCCGCCUAUGGCGUAAGAAUCGCUCGCCGGAGAGAUGUAAUCGUUCGCUAUGGGGUGGAGAGAAGUGCUGUCAGGGUGUUGACUUGAAUCGCAAUUUUCAAAUUCCAUUGUGGGUCUGCAAUCAACGAGUUUUUUGUUCAGAAUCCGGCUCGUCUUUUGAACCAUGCUCCAACAUUUAUCAUGGAGACCACGUCUUCAGUGAGCCAGAAUCACGUGCCGUUCGUGACUACUUGAAUUCGGACGAGUUACGCGGAAAAGUCGACGGUUUCAUCACUCUUCAUUCAUAUGCACAACUGUGGAUUUAUCCAUACAGCCAUGCCCAACAGAACUAUCCAGAAGAUAUCAGUGAAUUGCGACGAACCGCCCGUCGAGCCAUCAACCGGCUGCAUCGUCAAUAUGGCACGGAGUAUCGCAUGGGAACAGGAGCUGAUACGUUGUCACCGGCUUCUGGCGGUUCGGACGACUGGGCAAAAUCCAACGGAAUCAAAUACGUCUACUUGGUGGAACUGAGACCAGAAUAUGAGCGUACGGUGUCGAACGGGUUCAUCCUUCACAAAAAGGAGCUGAUUCCGACUGCAGUUGAAACGUUCGAAGGCGUUAAGGAAGUGAUUGAGGCGGUUUUGGAACACAACAAGAUCAUAAAAGAUCCGUUAUCACGUAUUGCACCUCAGCUGAGAAAGAAGCAACUAUAUAGGAUGCGUCUACUGGGGCUGGCAAAUGGAGAGCCAGUGGUAACAACUGCGGAAACUCCCACGACAACUUUCAUCGAAACAACAACAACCGAAGGCAUUCCGUUUAUAACCUACCGUCACAUAAUUCUUUUCAGGACCUGCCUUCACAGCCAAUACAACAACGAUAUACCCUACCACAGCAGCUGCAACUACAAACGAUUACAGGACAGAAUUGGCAGAAACGGCAAUACCAACGAGGGCACGACCUUGGCUAACCUAUCGACCACGAAGAACAUCGAUGUCAACAAGAUGGCGAAGUGUACACUUCGACAAAUAUACCACAGCGGUAAGUAA